CCUAAAUUUAUCUGAAUGUGAAAACGUAACUGAUGAAUAUGUGUCUACUGUGAUAGAAAUGUGCACAUCACUUGUGUACCUGAACAUGGCUUACACUACCAUUAGUGAUGCUACACUAAGGUCAUUAUCAAAGUUUGGUCUGAAUCUACAGUACCUGAGCCUGGCAUAUUCAAAGAAGUUCACAAAUAAAGGUUUGAAUUACCUUGCCACAGGGAAGGGCUGCCACAGGCUUGUUUAUCUGGACAUUUCAGGUUGUACUGAGAUCUCAGUGAGAGGUUUUAAGUCAUUAGGAAUUGCUUGCAAUGAAAUUGAGCACCUUGUUAUCAAUGAUAUGGCAACACUUACCACCAGUUGCAUCACAGCUCUGGUGGGUUACUAUGACAACCUCACAACAGUUUCACUUCUUUCUUCUCCACAUAUAUCUGAUGCAGCUAUUAAAGCACUUGUCCAAGGCAACAAGCUUACCACAUUUAAAACUGAAGGUAAUAAACGUAUUACUGAUGCAAGCUUCAAAAUCUUCAGCACCAGUUGCCCAAAUCUGAAUCACAUCUAUGUGGCAGACUGCAAAAAGAUAACAGACAACAGCUUGAAAUUCAUAUCAACACUGAAAAACAUCAUUGUGUUGAAUAUUUCAGACUGUGUAAGUAUCACUGAUGUAGGUAUACGAAGCUUUUUGGAAGGGUCUUCGGGUCCAAAGCUUAGAGAACUGAACUUCAGCAACUGCGUCUUAAUUACUGAUUUAUCAAUGCUGAAAAUCGCACAGAGAUGUCUGAGUUUGACUCAUCUGAGAAUGCGUUACUGUGUGCACAUAACUGACAGUGGGAUUGAAUGGCUAGGAAGCUUGCCUGCUCUGACCAACAUUGACCUGACAGGAACCAAUGUACAAGAACAGAGUUUGUCAGGUCUUGGUAAUAAUCACAAGAUAAAGGAGCUCACGGUGGCAAAGUGCUCAGGAGUCACUGAUAAUGGAUUACAGAAAUUCUACCAUAAGAUGUUCGAUCUGGAAUACUUGGAUGUCUCUCAUUGCCUCUCAGUGUCCGAUCAGAGUGUAAAGACUCUGGCUUUCUGUUGCAGAAGGCUUAUUUCAUUGAACAUCGCUGGAUGUCCAAAGAUUACUGACUUAAGCAUACAAUACCUGGCUGGAGUUUGCCAUUAUAUUUACUUCUUGGACAUCUCAGGUUGUGUCAAGCUUACCGAUUCAAUAUUUACAUUCCUAAAGAAAGGCUGCAAAAAGCUACAUAUCCUCAAGAUGCUGUAUUGCACUAAGAUAACAAAGCAAACUGUCAAAGCAACAACAAACAUUCAGCAAUUGGAAUACAGUGAUGACAAUCCUCCUGUAUGGUUUGGAUAUGAUGAACAAGGAAACUUUUUGGUCACCAAGAAAGAGGAAGAGGAAAGCAAUUAAAGGUGUAAUGAUCAGAGUUCUAUUAAUGCUAGAAUUCCACACAUAUUUAAUAAUUAGUGUACAGAAUCUUUAACAAUCAUUCACACAGUGUAAAAAAAAAUGAAAAAGUAGUACUUUUAUGUAUUGUUGAGGAAAAAACUCACUAAUUUGAAGACAUCAGAAUUUAUCUUAAAUUGUUUAUAUACAACCUGUAAUUAUAAUCAGAGCUGUGUCAUUAGUCAAUAUGUUUCUUAGAUAUAAUCCUGGUAUUUCAGGGGUCACAGAUUGCAGUCAUUUGAGGUUGUUUUACACAAUUCUUGCUUUCUUUAAGCUGACCAUUUCUAAAACGGACAUCUUGUUCUACUCAGUCUCACCCAAAUUUCCACCGGAUUUCCCAUGUUUUUUAAAAAUUGAAAUAUAAAAUGGAACAGUUGUAAAAGAAUUCCAUUAAAACCAACAGUUGUUUUCAAAUGUGUUUAAGGACUUCCUUAUAUUAAUAUAUAACUGAUUGAAACCAUUUGAGUUGCAUAGCUGAACACGAAAAAUGAUUUAAAAAGCUGCUGUAGAUUAAUAUUCAAAGCAAAAGAUAAAAUUAUAUUUGACUUACAAGAAAGGUCAGUGACCCUCAUGUAUGGAAAAACCAUAUGAAUCCACUCCACCCAAUUACCCAUGUGUUAUGUACUUCAUGAAGGCUUAAUGGAAGCAUAGCUUCUGUAUGAUGAAGCAUGUGGAAAUCCAUGUGAGGGUGAGACACUUAUUUUCAAAGGCUUUGAUGAUUCUUUUAUUAGAUUUGGUUUGCAGUCAUUUGUAAGACACUUACAAAUGACAGUGUCAUUUAUUGCAUUCGAUGCAGCCUCCUCUACAUCAGCAAGACUCAACACAGAUUAGGUGACUGCUUUGUCGAGCACCUUCGCUCUGUCCACUGCAAAAGCAAGGUUCUCCUGGUGAUCAGCCACUUCAAUUCCACAUCCCACUCCCCUACUGACAUCCACGUUGAGGCCAGACGCAGGUUGGAGGAACAACAGCUCAUAUUGCGCCUUGGUAGUCUCCAACCUGAU